AUGAUCGUCACCUAUCUGGAAGACCAUCAUAAAAAUUGGGACGAAAAGCUCGUUGAAUUGUCCUUCGACCUGAACACGGCCAUACAUAGCACCACCAAGGUCAGCCCGGCCCUUUUGAAUUAUGGUCGACAACCAGUUCCGCCCGGCACUCAGCGCCGCCAACAGGAUUCCGCAAGCGCUGAGAACGAAGAAGAACAAGCCAAGGCAGAAUGGGCCGAACACUUGGGGCUACUGAGUGACUGGUAUGAUGAGGCCGCAGCACGCACGAAGGACGAGCAAGAGCGCCAGGCGCCCCAUUAUGACAAAAAACAUCGGCCGCAUAAGUUCAAGGUCGGAGACUGGGUGUGA